GUUGCGUACGGUAUUUUAUGAGUGGUAAGAAGGUUAGAAACGGCGGUAAUUUUGUACCACUUGUUGACACUUUCAUGAUUAAUAUUAGUAUGUUUCACUUCGCUAAUUAGUAUUAUGGCAGAGUCAGAUUUCAGUGAGUUGCUUCAUGCAGCUGAGCAGUUGUCAGCUGAAGUGGAAGGGAGUGGUGAUCUACCAAAGGUUGAGAGGACAUUGCGUCAAGUUUUAGAAGCUUCCACAGAGUUAUGGUCAAGAGUGACACAAACUGGAGCCCAGGAUGUCCAGGCGCAUUUACUCUUAGGCUCAAAGGGGGUAGAUCUACCACAGCUGUCACAGAAGCUUGAGGUGUUGAGUGCUCGAACAACAUUUGAACCUCUUGAGCCAAUUCCUGAUGCAGAUAUUCAGAGUUUCCUAAAAAAUGAAAAGGAAAAUGCCAUUUUGUCAAUUAUUGAGGAGACUCAUAGAACUUGUUUUGAUGAUACAGAGAAACUGCAGUGGGAACACAUUGAAAGUGAAUGGAAACAAGACAAGCAAAAAGCACUCAAUGCUUUUGCAGGAACUUCUGAAGAGUUCCUCAAACUGUCACUCCAGCCUGAGCCUUCCAUUAUCAGUGACACAAUAACAGGUGCAGUUCGAAGUCUACUGGAUAACCAAGAAAUGGCAUAUGCGAAACAAGUGAUGGAGUACAACAAGGUUGUGGUUCAAGGAGUCAUUCGGCCAUCUCUAGUGGAUAAGUUUUCUCAAGUCGCAGACAGUUUGAAUGACAAGAAAGUGAGUGAGUUAUGGGAAAUGAUCCGCUAUAUGUCAGAAGUUCCUCCAAGAGCAACAGGUGAUCCUUUAGCUUCCCGAGUGAUACCACAGGUUCGAAAUGUCCUCAUUUCUCAAGCCAGGAAAUAUCUAGAAGACAGAUACAAGACAUAUAUGACCAGUGUUGUGAUGGGAAACCUCCAGCAAGCUCGUCGAGGUGGUGUACCUGGAACAUUUCCAUUGGUUCGUAGUUUUGUUGCAGUCCGAGUUCCACCGGGCAUGACAGGUCUAGAAGAUGGCACCGUGGAAGAUCAACCAUUCUGGCCACUGGUUUACUAUUGUCUUCGUUGCGGUGACAUAGCUGCAGCAUUGUACUGCGCCAGACAAGCUGGCUCAGGGAUGGAUGAGUUCUGUUCAGUAUUGGAAGAACUGGUUAACAGCAAAGACAAGAAGCUGAGUUCUCGGCUAGAAACUCUGGUAAAGUUCCAGUAUCGCCGACAUAUAAGAAACACCACUGAUCCAUUUAAGAGGGCUGUGUACUGUGUCAUUGGAUCCUGUGAUGUGAAUGAUGAACAUUCAGAAGUAGCGAAGGCUGCAGAUGAUUAUAUAUGGUUGAAACUUUGUCAGAUCCAUGAAGAAGACAGCUCAGAAACUCAAGCUACAGACAGAAUGACUUAUGCUCACCUACAGUCAUUAAUACUUGAAGAAUAUGGUGAAAGUCACUACAAUGCUCAUGAGCAGCCACAUGUGUAUUUCCAAGUUCUGAUUCUUACUGGUCAGUUUGAAGCAGCAAUUGAAUUUCUGGCCCGCACUGAGAAACUGCGGGUUCAUGCUGUGCACAUUGCAAUAGCACUCAAUGAACAUCAUUUGCUAGGUGUUCCAUCAAAUGUGCAGGCUCCUUUAUUGUCAGUUGAUCCUGGUGAUAGACCUCCUGCUCGAAGGCUGAACUUGGCUCGGCUCAUCAUGUUGUAUGUUCGCAAGUUUGAAGCUUCUGAUCCCAAAGAAGCAUUGCAGUACUAUUAUUUUCUGAGGAACAUGAAGGGUCCUGAUGGAGGUAACUUGUUCAUGACUUGUGUGAGUGAUCUGGCUCUGGAGUCCAGAGAAUUUGAUCUGCUGUUGGGUGUCUUGGAGCCUAAUGGGCUAAGACUCCCAGGUCUUAUUGACACCUUUCAAGGAGUACAGGCGGAUACAAAGCUUAUUAUUGGACAGGUUGCAAUGGAUUCUGAACGGAAAGGGAUGUUUGAAGAUGCCAUUAAGUUAUAUGAUCUAGCAGGUAAUCAUGAAAAGGUACUGGGGUUGAUGACUUCAAUGAUGAGUCAGGUGGUACAUCAAGUUAAUCGCCCUGGAUCCCUGCGCACACGCUUGCAGGAACUAGCAGACAACAUCACAAGCCGAUACAGGGGACAGCAGAUUAAUAGCUCACCUGACACAGCAUCAACAUUCUUCUUGUUGCGAGAUCUCCUUAUAUUCUUUGAUCAGUAUCAUGCCCAGGAGUACCACCAAGCUCUUGAGAUAAUUGCAAAAACAAAAUUGAUCCCCAUGACUCUAUUGGAAGUUGAGGAACGAGUGAACAGUUUCAAGCGUCUUGGAGAGGAGAUAUGUCGGAACAUUCCAGAUGUGCUGCUUGCCACAAUGAAUAUGCUUUAUGUACAGUACAAUAAGACAAAGGGAGGAGAUGUAAACACUUCUAGCUCUGGACGAUUAGAAGAUAAACAACUGGCAUAUUUUCGUGAAAAAGCCCGUGCCAUCACGAGCUUUGCAGGCACCAUUCCAUAUCGAAUGCCUGGUGAUACCAACAGCAGACUUGUUCAGAUGGAAAUUUUCAUGCAUUAGCAGAAUUUUGCAUGUGGGUGAUUCCAGUUGUGUUGAUGUUAUGUCUUUAUUAAGAUAACAAUAAAAAUAACUUUUGCAGUAAGCAUCUUUAGUAUAUUAUAUGUACUUCAGUCUUCCAAUCUACUAUCAGUGUGAUCACAUACUCAGAAUCAGAAUUGAUGACAGUAAAUUUUAAUUUUAUUUA